UAAACUGAUAUGAUCACUCAGUGUCUACAUUUGUAACGUUAUAUUAUUGUAUCUGAAACAGAAAAACAAAACAAAAACAAAACAGGUUAUUGACUGCAACGGUUUUUGGCAUUCUUCCAAACAUUACGCAAAUUGUAUGCGCAAAUGCGUUGUUUUCCGUGCAAGCUUAUCAGCUCAAGAUUAAUUGUAUUCAAUAACACCAUAUUUAUUGGUAAUGUUCAGCGCACGCUUAUAAAAAUGUAACGUUACGAAUGAGUGGAAACGACUAGAUUCAUAAAGCGCGGGCGGGUUUGAUACCUGCGAUUGGGAGCAGAGUGAGAGCUCGCCUCUCUGGUAUCAUCCGCCACCUCUAGCUUCUCCUCAACACCGCUGAUGGCCGAUCCAUUCAUUGACCACAGCGAGUAGAUGUUGCAUAUGAGAUAACAUUACGAUAAACUUUGGAUGUUUGGCCUAGUGAGUUAGUAUGCAGUCACCCGUGGACGACGUUAGCAUCGGACGGCAGCUCGCUCGGUUAACGUUAACGUUACCGUUUAUAUGUUUGCCAAUGACAGUUAACGGGCACAGACUCUAACGUGACCUCACCUCGCCAGCAGCGACACUUUGAUGACCCGAGUUGAACUCAUCGCUCCCCUGUAAGGUAGCUGUGAGAAAGAGAAACUUCUUGAACACCAUGGCCCCACACCCGGUGGUCCAGGCCGUUAUUGACCUCUCGGCAGGAGCCGUAGGGGGAGCUGCAGCUGUCUUUAGUGGGCAGCCUCUAGACACAGCAAAGGUCAAGAUGCAGACCUUUCCUACUCUGUACCGGGGUUUUAUCCAUUGCAUCUCGUCCACCUACAGACAAGUGGGUCUGAUUGGUCUCUACCAGGGCACCACACCGGCACUAGUGGCCAACAUCGCAGAGAACUCUGUGCUCUUCAUGAGCUACGGCUUCUGCCAGCAGGUCAUCCGUGUCACGGCUGGACUGCACAGUGAAGCUGUGCUGAGUGACAUGCAAAAAGCCUGUGCUGGAUCAGUGGCAUCCAUCUUCUCCUCGCUAGUACUCUGCCCCACCGAACUCGUCAAGUGUCGGCUGCAAGCCAUGUAUGAAAUGGAGGCAUCGGGCAAGAUUGCUAAGAGCCAGAACACAGUGUGGUCGGUGGUGAAAUCCAUUAUGAGGAACGAGGGACCGCAGGGCUUCUUCCAGGGCCUGACCACCACCAUAGCCAGAGAGGUCCCCGGUUACUUCUGCUUCUUCGGUGCCUAUGAGCUCUGCCGCACAACCUUCGCAGACUACAUGAAAUGUGACAAAGACAACAUAGGUGUGGCUCCAAUCAUGUUCAGCGGCGGUUUCGGGGGGGCGUGCCUGUGGCUGGUGGUCUAUCCUAUGGACUGUGUCAAGUCUCGGAUCCAGGUCAUGUCCAUGACGGCCAAACAGGCAGGGUUUUUCAAAACCUUCAUGACCAUCGCUCAUACUGAAGGUGUGAGGGCGCUCUACUCUGGUCUUACCCCCACCAUGGUCCGCAGCUUUCCUGCUAACGGUGCUCUGUUCCUGGGUUAUGAGGCCAGCCGGAAGCUCAUGAUGAAGCAGUUUGACAGCUAGAACAUGCGUAACAUUAAUGAAGGAGCGGUGAACUGGAAGUGAGGUUUUAAACACUCCAGUUGAAGGGGUGCCUGGUGCAUAUCAUGUAUCAAGACUGAGUUUACAGCUGCAGCCUGAGGUCAAGUCCGCUUAUAGUGUGUAGGAUGUGGUUUUUACCAUUUCCUGCCUUUUGUUAAACUUACCAAAAAACUGCCACACUACAUCUCUCGCACCCCUGACAUAGUGUUUCUUCAUACCGUAGUAAUUAAUUUUAUUGAUUUAUGUAUUGUAUUGUAUUGUUUUCAACACUCAAGAAAUGCUAUUGCCAACAUACAACGUGCGUGUGUGUGCGUGCGUGUGUGUGUGUGUGUGUGUGUGUGUGUGUGUGUGUGUGUGUGUGUGUGUGUGUGUGUGUGUGUGUGGCAAAAUUUAGCAACCUUAAUCAGUGUCUUUACAAGGAAUGGUCACAGUCUAGUUUACUACCUCAACAGCGUCGUAUACGCACGAGAUAUUUUUUUUUUCUCUGCCAGACAGAUCAAAUCAUUCUUCACUUGGUCUGUAUUCAACUACAUGAGUAAGAAAAGCACUCCGUUAGGUCGUGAGGUUAUUGUUGCAAGAAUAUGAAGUGGCAUAUACUAAUUCCAUUAUAUUACCUACAAUGUGAUGUGAUCAAGCUCAGCUAAGAGUGCACCUCUGUUUUGGAUCUUGGUUUGUUUAGAAGUGACAAAACAAGACGCUAAACAUUUGCUUACUCCUCACAGUGGACAGCGUUACUUUUCAAACAGCCUGGACUGAAGUCUUUAGAGGAUGCAUUAGCCUCAAAGCAAAACAUCCAACACAGCCAGCAGGUGGUUUUACAUUUUUUAAUCAUACUGAAUGUUUGUGCAUUCUCGUGUUAAAUUUCCAUUCCAGUUGUGAUUAAGUUUUCACCCUUUUGGAACCCAGUGUCAGCCUUUGAAAACCACUACACUUUGCCUUUUUUGUUGUGUAUCCCUUUAUUGUUAUGUACAAAUCAGUGAAAGAAAAUAUCAACUGCCUCAUUCAAUGUGCCAUUUGCACACUACAUUCUAUGUGCAGUUUAUUUCCCCAGUGCUUAGUAGAUGACAGAAAUAAAUCUCUGUCAUAUAAUUUUAAAGUUAAUUAAGAAAUAUAGGUAUUUUGGAAUGCUAACAAUUUGCAGUGAUACUGAAAUGAUUGUACAGAUAUCAAUACUGCUAUUCAUUGUAGUAAUACAAUCUACAUUAAAGGUGUUAUUGGAGAAUAACUUUGUCCUGUU